GACACCAAGUACACCUCGGGAGCUCCAUCAAUUUUCAAAAUUUUCUCCAACUUCAGCCCUCAGACAAACAUUAGCAUGAUGUCGUAUCUAAAGCAACCACCUUACACAGUCAAUGGCCUCAGCUUAACAACUUCCGGAAUGGAUCUUUUGCAUCCAUCAGUGGGCUAUCCAGCAACGCCACGGAAGCAGAGGCGAGAGAGGACUACUUUUACGCGCGCACAGCUCGACGUUUUGGAGGCGUUGUUCGCCAAAACUCGGUACCCCGACAUAUUCAUGCGCGAAGAGGUGGCGCUGAAAAUCAAUCUACCUGAGUCCCGAGUUCAGGUCUGGUUUAAGAACCGGCGGGCAAAGUGUCGCCAGCAGCAGCAGCAGCAGCAGAACGGGGGCCAGAACAAGGUGCGACCUGCCAAAAAGAAAAGUUCCCCAACCAGAGAAGUGAGCUCAGAGAGCGGGGCCAGCGGCCAGUUCACGCCCCCCACCAGCACCACCACAGUCCCCGCCGCCAUCUCAACCAGCACCGCCCCAGUGUCCAUCUGGAGCCCGGCGUCCAUCUCUCCGCUCUCAGACCCCCUUUCUACCUCCUCCUCCUGCAUGCAGAGGUCAUACCCCAUGACCUACACCCAGGCCUCGAGCUACAGCCAGGGCUACGCCGGUUCGACGUCCUACUUCGGGGGCAUGGACUGCGGCUCUUACCUCACCCCCAUGCACCACCAGUUGUCAGGCCCCGGCUCAACUCUCAGUCCAAUGAGCACAAACGCGGUCACAAGCCAUCUGAACCAGUCCCCGGCGUCCCUCUCCACCCAGGGCUACGGGACGUCCGGCCUGGGCUUCAACUCCACAGCAGACUGCCUGGAUUAUAAGGACCAAGCGGCAUCGUGGAAGCUGAACUUCAAUGCCGAUUGCUUGGAUUAUAAGGAUCAAACUUCCUCGUGGAAAUUCCAGGUCCUGUGAACAGAGCAAUCAGCUGUUUAAAAAAAAAAAAAGUGCACAAACAGUGACGAUCACAUCAGACACAGCGCUGCCAUCCCCUCAAUAAAACACAUCGGACUGGUUAAAAGUGUCAGCCGGGCUCGGCGAGGCAGGGCUCUCAGGGGCCUCGGGGGGUUUUAUUUUGGCAUGAUGGUCAUUGGUCCUCCUAGAGGAGAGGUUUAAUUUAUUUUAGCACUGGCAAAGAGAUUUCUUUUUGUUCCGUUCAUUCACAGGUCGUAGCCCCUCCAUCCAUGUCUGUCAGUGUGUGCCUCUAUGCGUAAAAAAAAAGAAGAAAACACCUGUUGAGGACAACACAAAGCGGACUCUGACAGAAAAGUUACACCCCAGCCACGGAACUAACGUUUAUUCCAAGAACAAAACUCAAGUUCACUCUUCUGGUGAAGCGCUCGGGAUGGACAGACCCUCCUUUAAAAGCUUCUUACACAACUUUGCCGACCUGCUGGCAGAGAGACAUGAGGAUGGUGUGUGGACAUGGAUGCACUACUUUAUUUAAGAAAAAAAAGUGUUUAUAAGGAAUCAAUAUGUAGUUUCUAAGAGACAAUCAGUGUGUGUCUUAUAUAAAUGGUACAUUAUGUGUUUUUUUUAUCUGUGCUAGCCUUCGAAACUGUGAUCUGUUGUAUUGUAUGCAAUUUGUGAGCCCCCCUCGCAUCAGACUCUCUGCUGUGAUUUUAAUAGAUUUCUAACUUUUUUGGAAACAACGAAAGAUGCUAAUGGUUAAAUUACCGGCAUCAUAAAGAGAGACGAGACUUUCCGAGCACAUGGUAGUAAUAAUCAAGGGUUAGCCCCACUGGAAAUGACUCUCGGCUGCUGAGAGCUCCACACUUGCUCCCCUCCAUUGAUCUCAACACACGGUGAUUGUGGAUCCUUUACUGGCUCCAAAGAUGGUGUGACCUCACCGCUGAAAAGACAUGA